AUGAGGAUAUGCGUAGAUUACAGAGACCUUAAUUUGGCUACACCUAAAGAUGUCUACCCCAUGCCUGUUGCGGACAUGUUGGUAGACGCAGUUGCAGGGCACGAACUGUUGUCUUUCAUGGAUGGCAAAAUCCAUCCGUUUUCCCCACUGUUGAAGUUGCAAGGACAGAAUGAGUUUGUUUGGGAACCUAAACAUCAAGAGGCUUUCGACAAAAUCAAGGCCUAUCUGGCGAGCCCGCCAGUGCUUGUUCCUCCUAAAGCAGGAUUUCCAUUAAAGUUGUAUGUUUCAGCAGCUGAGGCUUCCAUUGGCAGCCUCCUCGCUCAGGAUGAUGCAAAUGGUGUUGAACAUGCCAUCUUUUACCUCAGUAGGACACUCAUAGAUUGUGAAACAAGAGAUUUAGAGGUCGCUGCCACAACUUUAGAUCGCCAGGAUUUAGCGUGCUUGCCAGAGUAUGCCACGCUUUAUCAAGCCACAAUCUCACUCCAGCCUUGGGUGUUAUAUUUUGACGGGUCAAGAACAGAUACGCUAGCAGGAGCAGGGAUUGUCUUGGAAAACCCGGCCGGCGAUCGAUUUUCCUACUCUUUCCAGUUGGAGUUCCAGUGUACCAAUAACCAAGCAGAGUAUGAGGCCCUCAUUAUAGGCCUAGAAGUACUACUAGAAAUGGGAAUCGGAGAUGUACAAAUACUUGGCGAUUCUCUCUUGGUUAUCAAUCAGUUGUGCAACGAGUUCAGAUGCAAUAGCUUCACGUUAGUUCCUUAUUGGAACAGGGCAUUAGACCUGUUGGACCAGUUUGAUAACAUACAUCUAAAGUACAUUCCUCGCGAGCGAAAUUUUGCAGCUAACGAGUUGGUCCAACUAGCAACAGGGGUAACAUUGAGAUAUGGCGUACGGGAGAGAAUCCUUAAAGUCGAGCGUCGCACGCUUCCUUCAUGGAUGGCGAGAAGAAAUCCUCCAGAUAAUACAUCAGUCGCGACCCUGGAACCUAUUGACGUGGAUUGGCGCAUCCCUUUGAUCGCUUAUCUCAAGCAGCUAGAUCCCACUGCCGACAGGAAGAUUCGUUUUCUUGCACUAAAUUACUUUCUUAGAGGUGACGAGCUGCGACGACGCGGCGAAGAUGUCAUAGACUUCAGAUGUGUUUAUGGCUGCGAAGCGAAACAACUCAUGCGUGAAGUUCAUUCCGGCAUUUGCGGUGCUCACCAAGCAGGUCCAAAGAUGCGAUGGUUGCUCAGACGACAUGGAUAUUUUUGGCCCAGUAUCUUGAAGGAUUGCAUCGCAUUCGCUAAAGGUUGUUUGGACUGCCAAGCUCAUGGGCCGGUCCAGCAUGUCCCUAAUGUUCCAAUGCAACCCAUUAUUAAGCCUUGGCCCGCAAGAGGAUGGGCGCUAGAUUUAAUUGGGAUGAUUCACCCACAUUCAUCACUUCAGCAUAAGUUCAUUAUCGUCGCAACCGAUUUCUUUACAAAAUGGGUCGAAGCAGAACCUUUGAAAGAAGCAUCUGGUGGUACGUUGCGACAAUUCCUAUUUAGGAACAUCAUAUGCAGAUUUGGUAUCCCAGAAGUUUUUGUUUCGGACCGGGGGGCAGCUUUCAUGGGUGGUGAAGUUGAUAAACUGGCAAAGGAAUGGGGAAUACAGUUCGUCCAUUCUAGUCCUUAUUAUGCUCAGUCUAACGGUCAAGCGGAGGCCAGCAACAAAAUCAUCAUCACUUUGCUGAAGAAAAUGUUGGAAGCUAAUCCGCGACAAUGGCAUGAGACCCUUUAUGAGACUCUUUGGGCCUACCGCACAUCGAAGCGAAAUCCCACCGCAACUACACCUUAUGCUUUGAUGUUUGGCAAUGACGCAGUCCUACCUUUGGAAGUCAACGUCCAAUCAUUACGAGUCCAAGAGCAACAUCAUCUCAUUGGAGAAGACUACGUUCAAGCUAUGUGGCAGGAACAUGAAGACCUUAGCGAAAAGCGUUGGAAGCUUUAG